GGCCCACAAGGUCCCCAGGGUCCAAUUGGCCCUAUAGGUGAAGAAGGGAAAAGAGGUCCUCGAGGUGAUCCGGGGUCAGUAGGUCCACCAGGUCCUGUUGGAGAGAGGGGUGCUCCUGGUAACCGUGGUUUUCCAGGUUCUGAUGGCUUGCCUGGACCAAAGGGUGCCCAAGGAGAGCGUGGUCCAGCAGGUUCUUCUGGUCCUAAAGGAGGUCAGGGAGAUCCUGGACGUCCUGGUGAACCUGGCCUCCCAGGUGCAAGGGGUUUGACAGGAAAUCCAGGUGUUCAAGGCCCUGAAGGAAAACUUGGCCCCCUGGGUGCUCCUGGAGAAGAUGGACGUCCAGGUCCAGCAGGUUCAAUAGGAAUCAGAGGCCAGCCAGGCAGCAUGGGCCUUUCGGGGCCAAAGGGUAGUAGUGGUGAUCCUGGAAAACCUGGAGAAGCAGGCAAUGCAGGUGUUCCAGGACAGAGAGGGGCUCCUGGUAAAGAUGGUGAAGUUGGUCCUUCCGGUCCUGUUGGCCCACCAGGUCUGGCAGGAGAGAGAGGAGAACAAGGCCCUCCAGGUCCUACAGGGUUUCAGGGCUUGCCUGGGCCACCAGGUCCUCCAGGUGAGGGAGGAAAGCCAGGUGAUCAGGGUGUGCCUGGAGAUCCUGGAGCUGUUGGUCCGUUGGGCCCUAGGGGAGAACGUGGCAAUCCAGGGGAAAGGGGAGAACCAGGUGCAUCAGGACUCCAGGGUGAAAAGGGUAUGGCUGGAGGUCAUGGUCCUGAUGGUCCAAAGGGAAGCCCAGGCCCUAGUGGGACGCCUGGUGAUCCAGGCCCACCUGGUCUUCAAGGUAUGCCUGGAGAAAGAGGGAUUGCUGGAACACCUGGCCCCAAGGGUGAUAGAGGCGGCAUAGGUGAGAAAGGAGCUGAAGGUACAGCUGGCAACGACGGGGCAAGAGGUCUCCCCGGUCCAAUAGGCCCGACGGGUCCAGCAGGUCCCACUGGUGAAAAGGGUGAACCAGGUCCUCGAGGUCUAGUUGGUCCUCCUGGCUCCCGUGGAAACCCUGGUUCCCGAGGAGAAAAUGGCCCAACUGGUGCUGUUGGUUUUGCUGGUCCUCCGGGCCCUGAUGGUCAGCCAGGUGUGAAAGGUGAACCUGGAGAACCUGGACAGAAAGGAGAUGCUGGAUCUCCAGGACCACAGGGUCUUGCUGGGUCUCCUGGUCCACCGGGUCCUCCAGGUGUUCCUGGUCUGAAAGGUGGUAGAGGAACUCAGGGUCCACCUGGUGCUACUGGAUUUCCAGGAUCUGCUGGAAGAGUUGGGCCUCCAGGACCUACUGGAGCUCCAGGGCCUGCUGGGCCUAUUGGUGAGCCAGGAAAAGAAGGUCCCCCAGGUCUUCGUGGUGAUCCUGGUUCUCAUGGCCGUGUGGGAGAUCGAGGGCCAGCUGGGCCUCCUGGUGGUCCUGGAGACAAGGGUGAUGCAGGGGAAGAUGGGCAGCCGGGCCCAGAUGGCCCCCCUGGUCCAGCAGGAACUACUGGUCAAAGAGGUAUUGUUGGCAUGCCAGGACAGCGAGGGGAAAGAGGCAUGCCAGGGCUGCCGGGUCCUGCAGGUACACCAGGAAAACAAGGUCCCACGGGGCCACCUGGUGAUAAAGGGCCCCCAGGACCUAUUGGACAGUCAGGUGCCACUGGACCUGUAGGUGAAGCUGGUCCAGAAGGACCUGCUGGUAAUGAUGGUACUCCUGGACGAGAUGGAGCUGUUGGAGAACGUGGUGAUCGUGGUGAACCUGGCCCUGCAGGCUUACCAGGUUCCCCAGGGGGUCCAGGAACUCCAGGCCCUGUUGGCCCUCCAGGAGAUGCAGGUCAAAGAGGUGAAACUGGUUCUCGAGGUCCAAUGGGUCCCCCAGGUCGUGCAGGAAAAAGAGGUUUGCCUGGUCCCCAAGGACCUCGUGGUGACAAAGGUGACAAUGGAGAUAGAGGCGAUCGGGGCCAGAAAGGACACAGGGGUUUCACUGGGCUUCAAGGUCUUCCUGGUCCUCCUGGUCCUAUUGGUGAACAGGGCAGUCCUGGCAUUCCAGGCCCAUUUGGUCCUCGGGGUCCUCCCGGUCCAGUUGGUCCUUCUGGCAAAGAUGGAAGUCCCGGUCCACUUGGGCCAGUUGGGCCUCCUGGUGUUAGAGGGAGUGUAGGAGAAGCUGGACCUGAGGGUCCACCAGGUGAUCCUGGCCCUCCUGGCCCUCCAGGACCUCCAGGCCAUCUCACUGCUGCCAUUGGUGACAUUAUGGGACACUAUGAUGAUGCUAUGGCAGAUCCGCUACCAGAGUUUACUGAAGAUGAAGCAGUCCCAGAUGACCAUAAUAAGACAGACCCAGGAGUCCAUGCCACACUGAAGUCACUGAGCAGCCAGAUUGAGACUAUGCGCAGCCCAGAUGGUUCAAAGAAACACCCAGCACGGACUUGUGAUGACCUGAAGCUGUGCCACCCAUCCAAGAAGGUAGGUGAAUAUUGGAUUGAUCCUAACCAGGGAUGUGUUGAAGAUGCUAUAAAAGUAUAUUGCAACAUGGAAACUGGAGAGACGUGUAUUUCUGCAAACCCGUCUACUAUACCACGUAAAACAUGGUGGGCCAGCAAGUCAUCUGACAUAAAGCCCAUUUGGUAUGGCCUCGAUAUGAACAGAGGAUCACAGUUUGUGUACGGGGAUACAGCUGUCACUCAGAUGACAUUCCUGCGCCUCCUAUCAAAGGAAGCUUCCCAGAAUAUCACUUAUCUUUGUAAAAACAGUGUUGGGUACAUGGAUGACCAGACUAAGAACCUGAAAAAAGCUGUAAUUCUGAAAGGGGCCAAUGACCUGGAGAUCAAAGCGGAGGGAAACAGCCGAUUCAGAUACACUGUUUUACAUGACAGUUGUUCUAAACGUAAUGGGAACACGGGCAAGACUGUCUUUGAGUAUAGAACGCAGAAUGUGGCACGCUUACCUAUCAUAGAUAUUGCACCGGUGGACAUUGGCAGUACCGACCAGGAAUUUGGAAUUGAAAUUGGGCCAGUUUGCUUUGUGUAAGAGGAAGGGGGGAAAUUAACACACUACCCAGCAACAGCAGCAAUUAAACACAUGAACUUAGACUGAUUGAAGUAAAUCCUGAGACUCUUGAAGUAAUGGCUGAUAUUGGAUCAGCGUUGUAUAUACGGUUCUUUUUAAAUGCCCGGCCUCCUUUUGAAUAUUUAUUUUACUUACAAACCUUCCGUUUUAUAUGAUUGAAACCAACUUUUUAGUAAAACAGUACAAUUUUAAGAGUAUCAGUGACCACCUUUUAAAAGUAAUAUGAAUCUUUUUCCUUACUUUUGUUUCAAAUUAUUUUGAAAUUUACAGGUAUUCAAAAUAGAUAGAUUUAAUGUGCGACUAUGUAAAGCUCUAAGGAUUAUUUCUUUUGUUUGGAUGCAUACUGAAUAACAGAAAAAUAGUGCACUUUUGUGAACCGUUGGCUAUAUUUCAAUGACACCUACUCCCUCAACCCCAGUUUGUCUUCCUGUGGUUGCCAGUAUGAUAGUCAUUAAUGAAAUCUAUGUCUUUUGUAGAAGUAAAUCUCUUCAGACAAGAUCAUCUUAAUUUGGCAUUGUCUUUCCUGCACUUUCCUAUGUAAUAGUCUGCUCAGAAGAGUAUUCCAUACCCAUGAUUAAUUUAUGAAGUAAAAAUACUACUGGGGUAAAUACGAGUUUUCAGCAGGGGUGUCCCAUAUCUUAAAUUUUAAGGCUAGACUUCAGUUCUCACAAUGUAUGUGUGUAAUUCUAUUAAAUUUUCCUUAUCUUCAAAAUACGUCUUAAACCCAAUACUUGUUGAUUUUCCAAUACUUGCCCAUCUAAGAAGCCAUUACAUAUCAAAUUAUACAGAUGUCUUUUAUAUGGUGCCAAUUUAUGUAUGUUGCAAAUCAUUCACAUGUAUACCAGAACAAUUGCUAAUAAAGAGAAAGUUUAGAAAUU